GAAGGCCUGGCUGCUAAUGCACAAAAAACAACAAUCGAUUCUGCUUUGCAGCAGUUCGUACUGUAUGAUUAUUUCCUUGGACUUUUCUUAAUGUAGCCUCGCAGAAGAAUGGUUUACGCAUUUAUCGUUCACACUUUGAAUCCUGGACCAUGCAGGGUUUUGUUUUCGACGAGUUUUAUACAAGAUUUGGACGUCGAUGACACUGAAGAUCCACGAACAACAAGAAAAGAAAACCUGCAGCUAGUUGCCCAGCGCAUGCAGUCCGAGUAUGCCUUCACUCAAGUGGCCUCUGGAGUAAUCCUCCGGGAGGACUUGUCUGGAAUGAGUACAACGGAAGAAAUUUUGGCCCAGUUGGAGUCAGGCAUUUUCAGACUUCAGGCUGGAAACCCAUUUAGUACAGAUAAAGUGGUCGUAUGGAAAGGAACUGGAAACUGUGGUUUCUGUCUGGUGUGUGAACCCACAGAGAAUCGUAUCAUUGCUGAGAAUGUCCUUAUUCUCCUGAUCAGGUUUAUUCAGGAGUACUGCCGAGUAAUCCCACAAACAGCAGAGGCCAUCUUGAAGGCUGACAAACUAGCGGCUGUCACUCACCAAUUUCUGCCAAAUGGACAGCUUCUGUUCAUGAACCACAGAUUUGUUAGACAAAUGGAAAAAGAGCUUGAGCAAGUAAUGGCAAUGAAGUGAAAGAGAUCUCUGGGAAUGUGUCACGGAAGCAAGAAGCAAGUGAUGGCGAUAAAGGGAAAGAGAUCUCUAUGAAUAUAAGAGUCACGGAAACAAGAAGCAAGUAAUAGCGAUGAAGGGAAAGAGAUCUCUAGGAAUAUAAGUGUCACGGAAGCAAUAAGCAAGUGAUGGCGAUGAAGGGAAAGAGAUCUCUGGGAAAAAAGUGUCACGGAAGCAAAAAGCAAGUAAUGGCGAUGAAGCAAAAAAUCUCUGGGAAUACGUCACGGGUCAUGGAAACAAAUACUAGUGGAGGCGGGACGUAUUAUUUCCUUUGAAAUAUGACAUUUUACUGCAAUAGAAAUUUUGCAAUUAUUUAGUAUAUACAAUAGAAUGGUUUUCAAAAUCCCGUGCAAUAAAAUGUAAUUGCAAUAGUGCAAUAGUUAACCCAGAACAAAAGAGAUCAAGGACAUAACAGUGUAUUAGUACAAAACAAACUAAAUAGUAUUUCACGGGUUUUUGAAAACCACUCUAUUAUUAUAUAAAAUAUAAAUAUAAAUGCAACAUUUUGCAUUUAUAUUUGCAUACCUUACUAGUUAGCAAUCAGACUUAUUUUUCCUUAUUAUACAAUCAUGUUAAGCCUGAAUUUAUCCUCCCUUCUCACUUUGUUACCUAAAGUUCCUUGCUAAAUACUUGGACAUCUGAUUAUUAUUAUUAUAGAGAUAUUUGCAACUAUCCGAAUAUAUAUCUUUUUCUUGGGAUGGGAAGGGUUAUGUCAUGACUUUUACGAUGGCCACGAUUUUCUCAAUUUGCUAUUAAAGGAGAGACGAAAGCUAUCAAUUAAAGGGAAAGUGUCAUGAGUUUUCUAUGGGCCACGAUUUUCUCCUCUCCAUUAGAGGAGAGACGGGACGUCUUUGUUGUUUUAUCACUCGCUUCAUUUGCAAAGAAGAUGCGCAACUAAUGACAAACCCUUCAAUGAAGGCUUAAGACAAAAUGACCCGAAAUUCUCAAAUCUCGCAAGCCACUUUUUAAUUACUUUCUUGAUUCUGACAUGCUUUGCGGGGGACAAAAAAGUACCCCUUUCCAUCGGAUACGACGGAUACAAGAUGGCGGCAUAAUUAACCAGCUCGCACUUCCCUAAAUGCACUGUAUUGUCCUCACCAUUAGUAUAAACAAAAUAAAUAAUCCCAAAUUA